UCUCAGACUGUUUUCUCUCUUCAGCAGAAAAAGAAGAAACCUGCAGACGUCCACCUGUGAAGGUCACGAGCGUCCAAACUGGGAGCUGUGGUUUGAGGCUGGGUGGUCUUUGACAAGCAGCUGACACAAAGUGAAGCAGCAGUCCACAUCUUCUGGAUGUUUCUAUGAUUAUUCUGAUGGGCCGCAGACGGAACAGGAGCCAUAUGGACGCUCAGGUGACCCUCUUCUGGAUCUUCUGAAAUCUUCUGAGAAUCUGCUGCAAAGGAUCACAAAGGAUUACCAUUAAAGACUCAAGAAUGACAGAGUAGAAGAAUGACAGAGGAAAAGCUUGACGGAUUCCCUAAAGUACAAUCAUUCACCAACUUCUCUCUCACCUGAACAUCAUUGAAACCCUUAAAAUGUCAUCCAGCAGUGGAGUUCCCCUCAACAUCAGCGCAUCGGUACUCAACAAACUCUUUGAUGCCUUCCCACCUUCUCCCUCUACCUUCCCUCCGUCUCCAUCCUGCAGCAUAGACGAGUCUUACAAGUACAUCUUCCUCCCCAUUUGCUACUCUUUCACCUUUAUCUUCAGCAUUUCCCUGAACUCCGUCAUCCUCUACCGCUCCUUCCGCAGGACAAAGCGAUGGAAUGCCUCCCUGAUCUACAUGGUCAACCUGGCCUCUACGGACUUUAUGUACGGAUUGUCGCUGCCCUUCCUGGUGGCUAGUUACGUGAUGCGGGAUCGCUGGAUGUUUGGGGACUUCAUGUGCCGUCUGGUUCGCUUUCUUUUCUACUUUAACCUGUACUGCUCCAUCUUCUUCCUCACCUGUAUCUCCGUGCACAGAUACCUCGGAAUCUGCCACCCAAUGAGAGUCAUCACGCUGGAGACCAAGAAGGCCGUCAAGUGCACCUGUGUCGUGGUUUGGAUCGUUGUGUUUGCUUUAACCUGCCCAAUCUUCAGGUUUGCUCAGACUGGUCAUGUAACAAGAUUGGCUGGUCUUAAUGGUAAUGGUAGCACUACAGUCAACCUUAGCCAUGAGGUAUUAUCAAUGAAUGGUAGUACUAGCAAUGGGAACCUCGGGGUGGUCAUUGAGGAGUACCAGAACUGUUGGGACGAUGCCAUAGACAAGGAGUUUCCUGAUUACGUGCCAUACGGAAUCAUUCUCCAUUUGCUGGGCUUUUUUGUACCAUUUUCCAUCAUUGCUUGGUGUUACUCUCAUGUUGUUCUGACCAUAUUUAGGAGUCUACACAUUCAGCCCUCAUCCAGCAGAGGUUCGAGGGCAGGGGGACACGAAGGGAUACAUAGACAUUUUCGAAGAAGCCCUAAGAUCGAUGGAGGAGAAAGAAGAGGAAGCAAUGGCAUGUCGAGGACACGGAUAAGAGAUGAAGGAGUUUCCAUUUUUCUUGGCGCCAACUCCCCCUAUGCCAAUCGCAGACGCAAAUCCAUUAAGACCAUUAUUACAAUCACCCUUCUCUUUGCUCUCUGCUUCUUCCCCUUCCACGUAACCAGAACCAUCUUCCUCCUGCUGAAAGUGACCAAUAGAGUCCCAUGCCACACCAUGACCAUGGUCUCCAUGUGCUAUAAGAUCACCCGGCCUUUGGCAUCCUUUAACGCAUGGCUCAACGCCCUCCUAUACUUCCUGACCAAAGACAAGGGCGGAGCUCACUGCUGCCAGACGGUAAACACCACCAACCACCAACAUGGCGGGCUUCUGCUGCCCCUGAGGAUGAUGGGAAAAGGAAAGGAUACAGAUGAAGGAGGGAUGGAAGAUGGAAUAAACAACGAGGAGAAUAAAGCUUUCCACAACAGUCCGCCGUACAUGAACAGAGCAAAAGUUCGGUUUAUAGUUGAAUGACUAUUUUCAUGAGGAAGGACAAAAACAUUUUAGAUGCACUGUAUGUUUUCUUUUACUGGAAAUCAAAAUAAUAUAUAACAUAUGAAGAACUGUAGCAAAAGCAAUGAUUAAAGAAAACCAAAACAA